AAGCUUUUCCUGAUAAAUCAAAUUUCAAUCCCACAUAUGAUGAAAUUAAUUCUUUGGAGUAUUUAAAUUGCGUAAUUAAAGAAACUUUAAGAACACGUACUCCAUUACCAACUGCCAGACGAACUAAUCUAAAGGAUGGAGUUAUCGGGAAAUACUAUAUUCCAAAGAAUACUGAAAUAUUUAUUGGGAUUUCAGUACUUCAAAGAUUAACUGAAAUUUGGGGACCAACAGCUGAUAAUUUUGAUCCAAAAAGAUGGUUAGAUCCUUCUUUAAGUAAAAAUAUAAUAAAUUUAAAUUAUUUAGUACCUUUUCUUAAUGGUGCAAGAGGUUGCAUAGGUAAUAAAGUAGCUUUAGCCGAAGCUAAAAUAUUAUUAGGUAUGUUAAUUAGGAAUUUCAUUUUUAAACCAAUUGAAGGAUUUCAAAUUAAAAAAAGAGCUUUCCCUAUACCUAAACCUGAUCCAUAUCUUGGUUUAGCUGUAUCUAUAAGUUGA